GGCCCGAAGGACCGCCCCCUGCCGCCGCCGCCGCCGCCGCCGCGGGAUGGGCGCCCGCCCACAGCCCGCUGGCGCAGGCUUACGACACCGCCCCGACCCCUCCCCUCUCUCGCUCGCCCGCCGCCGGAAUGCCGAAGCUCAGCAAGGAGGCCAAGCAGCGCCUGCAGCAGCUCUUCAAGGGCGGCCAGUUCGCCAUCCGCUGGGGCUUCAUCCCCGUCGUGCUCUACCUAGGUUUUAGGAGAGGUGCAGAUCCUGGAAUGCCUGAGCCAACUAUUUUGAGUCUACUUUGGGGAUGAAGGCUGUGCUGUUCUAGAAGCAGCUUAUGGACAGAGAAAAUGUCUGAAGAUAUGUACAUUCCAGAGGAUGAGAUGGACACUUAACUUACAUCAGCUGGCUCAAAUAGCUUGCUAAAGACAUAGAUUGUACAUACAACAAAAUGGAGUUUAUAUGGACCUAACUUAUUUACAUUACAAUGUAAUUAAAUAAAUACAGUUUGAAUCAA